GGCACCAGGCCGGAGGCGGCGGCUGCGCGGGGCCGGGCCAUGGAGAGCGCCGGCGGCGGCGGCUCCUGGCGGGGCGACAUCGCUUUCUGGGCCGACCGCACGCCGGUGCACGAGGCCGCCCGCAGAGGGGAGCUCCUGCAGCUGCAGCAGCUCAUCGAGAGCGGCGCCUGUGUCAACGCCGUCACCUACGACUCCAUCACCCCCCUGCACGAGGCCAGCCUCAGGGGCCAGGCCCAGUGCGUCAAGCUGCUGCUGGAUGCGGGGGCCCAGGUGGAUGCCCGGAACAUCGACGGCAGCACGCCGCUGUGCGACGCCUGCUCCUCGGGCAGCGCCGAGUGCGUGCGGGUGCUGCUGUCGCACGGCGCCCGCGUGAACCCCCCGCUGUUCACGGCCUCGCCCCUGCACGAGGCCUGCAUGAACGGCAGCUCCGAGUGCGUGCAGCUCCUCAUCGACGUCGGUGCCAACCUGGAGGCUCACGACUGCCACUUUGGGACGCCGCUGCACGUGGCCUGUGCCCGGCAGCACCUGCACUGCGCCAAGCUGCUGCUCCAGGCGGGUGCCAACGUGAACGCGGCCAAGCUCCACGAGACCGCUCUGCACCACGCGGCCAAGGUGAGGAACGCGGAUCUGGUGGAGCUGCUGGUGGAAUUUGGUGGGAAUAUCUACGCCCGGGAUAACCGCGGGAAGAAGCCGUUGGAUUACACCUGGAGCAGCAGCCCUGCCGCCAAGUGCUUGGAAUAUUACGAGCGAACGCCGCUGCGCCUGUCCCAGCUGUGCCGCCUCAGCGUGCGUCGCGCCGCGGGGCCGCGGGCGCUGGACAAGAUUUCCCGGCUGGAAAUUCCCGCGCGGCUCAUCCGCUUCCUGUGCUACGAGUGACGGGAAGGAGCGGCCCCGGAACGUGCCGGGAAUCCGGACGGAUCCCUGCUCCCGCCCCACCUCCCACCCCGCCGAUCCCUGGCCAUCCCAUCCCGCUGUCAACGGGAUUUGGGGGGCAGCAAUUCCGCUUUUCCGCACCUUGCUGGGAAUCUCCUGGAAUUUUUCGGCUCUCCCAGUGCUCCUUGGGAUUCGCCUUCCUGAGUUUUCCCUGAUUUGCUCGGUGGGAUCCAGCCAGCGGGUGGGAACGGGAUCGUUCUGGGGCGUGGAUCAUCCAUCUCUUUUUGGAGGAUCCAGUCUGGAAUGGUCUGGGUUGGAAUGAGAUGGAUGGGAAUGAUCCAACCUGGAAUUAUCCAGCCUAGAAUGAACCAGCUGGGAAUAAUCCGGCCUGGAA